AGUCGGGAGCCCCAGCCCCUGUGCCAGGCGAUCGCCUCCAUCCCCGCAGCCUCAGGCCUCUGAGCUAUUCCUAGUGAUCCCAUGCCGCGCCGCCAUGGACGCGCUCUACGCCAGCGGGGUCCUCUUCGCGGAGGUGCUGCAGUCUGGGCCACCCUGUCUGGAGAGGUUCUGGCUCUGGGCAACUUUCCUGGGGGACCCUAAGUGCGUCUUCAUUGUCUGCUUCCCUCUGGCCUACUUCCUGAACCGGAAGGUCGGGGUGGCCGUGCUGUGGAUAGGCUUAAUCUCCGAAUGGCUCAACGUGGUGCUCAAAUGGUUCCUGUUUGGUGAACGGCCAUUCUGGUGGGUCUACGAAUCCGGGUUCACCAGCAAGGACAGUGGCCAGCUACGCCAGUUUCCUGUCUCCUGUGAAACGGGGCCAGGUAGCCCCUCUGGUCACUGCAUGAUCACAGGGGCAGCCUUGUGGCCAAUGGUGACAGCUCUCUCGGCAGCGGCCUCCCGACACUCCAGCAGCCGCCUGGUGCAGCUUGCACCCUUUGUGGGUUACUUCCUGCUUCUGCUGGCCGUGGGGCUCUCUCGCAUCUUCAUUCUGGCUCACUUCCCCCAUCAGGUGCUUGGUGGCAUUCUGGCAGGUGCUGCCCUGGGCUGGCUGCUCGAGGCCCAUGUCCCAACAAGGAGGGAGCUGCGUUUCUAUGGCCUUACUUCACUGGGCCUGCUGCUGAGUGCCUGCCUGAUGUACUGUGCCAUGAUUGCCCUGGGCACAGACCUUGACUGGUCAAUCCACCUUGCCACCACAUGGUGCAGGAACCCUGACUGGAUCCGCAUGGACACACGACCCUUCGCCUCGCUGAUCCGAGACAGCGGCACGGCUCUGGGCCUGGGGCUGGCUGCUUGCUCCUCCACUGCCAUCCAGCAGAAGCAUGAGGGACCCAGCUGGAAGCACAGAGCCGUGUGCGCCCUGGUAGCCCUGCCUGCCCUGCGCCUGCUCAGCGACACGCUGCAGCCAGAGAAUGUUGCAUUGUGGUAUGGGCUGAGCUUCGUGAAAUAUGUCGCCUCCCCAUGGGUGGUGGUGGUGCUUGUUCCACAUCUGGUGCACUCCAUCCCAUACCUGCAACCCAAGCCACAUGCUGCAUAGCAUCUUCUGCGCAGCAUUUGACUCACACUCCUCUGCCCCAACCUGUCCGAUUACACCCCCUGGCCCUUCCAUGUAGCUAACGCUCAGGUGCUCUCACCUUCUAUAGCCCCCACCUCACUGGAUGCUCUAGGCCCAAUUCAGUUCUCCUCCAUGGGCUUGGAUGCAGCUAGCAUGAGCAGCAGGCUCAGCAUCAGGUCCUCAUUGAGUGAAGAGCUCAGAGCAUCUCCUUCCACAUGGGCAGGCAGCCUCCCUCAGAGAGGAUCCCAAGGGCCAGGCUUUAACCAAGCAGCAGCUUGCACCUUGCACCAGUCCCGAGGGGCUGCCUGUGCUGAGUAAGAGCACCAAGCAGUGUUGCAAAAUGGCCACUGUGGCCUCUGCACAUGGGAGCUCCAUGCCAGAGCCAUUUGGUUGUCCAGCAGCUGUGGGUCUCCCCUACCCUGUCUUCCCCUCCCCCUGCAGGUCUCCCCUGCACCCAUCAAGGUUGCCAAGAGCAAGGGAUUUGGGGGCCAAGCACAAAGCACCACACAGUGAGGUAGGGAGGCUGGAGGAUGGGGCUGGGCCCCAGGCAGCUGCUGUGCUGCAAACUUUCCAUCCACACUAGAGAUGUGGUGUUGGGUGACCCAGGGGCCUGACUCAAGACAGUGCUCAGUGCUGUUGUACCCUAUUCCCAGCUGCACCCCUUUGCAAGUACCCGUGCAGGGAAGCAGUGUAUCUGCUUAGCCCAGGCCAAGGCCCCGUACCAGAAAAAAAAUCCCUCAGCAAUCCGUGCCGUUACGCUAGCCUGGGACAUGGCUGCAGGCAGAUGUAGGCCCAGGUGGUUGCCCCUGCUGAGUACAGAUCCUUUGGUCAUGUGUGUUUGUUGUCAGUGCCAAUGCUAAACCCAAACCUCUGGAGCUUGAAGUGCAGAGGAGGGAGGAGGGGCUAGGUUUGUACAGGAUGACAGGAAGUGUCAAUCACUGUGCAGCUGUUGUGCCAAGUGCAGGCAGCAACUUGAUUCAAACCAAAUAAAGGACCAUCCUGCCA